AUGCUAAACAUCUACCUAGGGGACAGAGACGAGAAGAUAGUGGCUGCAAAAAAAAUGAAAAGGUCCCUGGAGCUGAUCAACUCCAGGCUCCAACUUAUUUUGAGAAGUGGGAAAUACAUGCUGAGAUACCAGGAGAUUCAGAAGAUGAACAGACAAGGAAAAAACAAGUUGGCCGUCCUCGCCCACAACUGCCCAGCCUUGAGGAAAACUGAAAUCGAGUACUACACCAUGUUGGCCAAAACCAGUGUCCAUCACUACAGUGGCAAUAAUAUUGCCCUGGACACAGCAUAUGGAAAUACUAGAGUAUGCAUGUUGGCUAGCAUUGAUCCAGGUGACUCUGAUAUCAUUAGAACCAUGCCAGAACAGAUUGGUGAAAAAUAA